AUGGCGAUGACAACAGUCGAAAGUCCAACGGCUUCGAAGCCUAAAGACCCGACUGUGCCGAUUUCGACUCCCUGUGACCCGUGGCCACGGCCGUAUUUCUUUGAGAAUGGCCUCAGAAAGGUGGCCCCGUAUCAUUUCACUUACAACACCUGGUGCAAGGAGCGUUGGCGGAACCGAGGGCUAUUGGAGAUCUUCUCAAGCGAGUUUAGAGAUCGACCCCUAGAGUAUUACAGAUAUGCUCUUGAAACCGGUCACGUAACCGUGAAUAACAAGGUUGUUUCGACUCCCAACGACACAGUGAAGAAUGGCGACGUUAUUUCGCACACACUCCACCGCCAUGAGCCACCAGUGUCUGCCCAGGCGAUCGGUAUCAUACACGAAGACGACGAUAUCAUCGUCAUCAACAAGCCGGGAGGCAUCCCGGUGCACCCGGCCGGCCGGUACAAUUAUAACUGUGUGGUCGAGAUCAUCCGGGCCGAGCGGAGCUACGAUUUCAAAGCAUUGCCGUGCAAUCGCUUGGAUCGCCUAACCAGUGGACUCAUGUUCAUCGGGAAGCACCCGAAAGCUGCGGACAAAAUGAGUAAGUCACUGAAGGAUCGAACGGUGCUGAAGGAAUACGUCGCAUGCGUGGCGGGCGAGUUCCCCGAAGGGGAGGUGGUCUGCGAGAAGCCUAUUCUCCAGAUCAGUCCGAAGCUGGGGUUGAAUCGAGUGCGAGCGGAUGGAAAGUCGGCGAAGACGGUGUUUCGACGAUUGGCAUACUACCCUCCAUCUCCAUCCGAGACAGAGGAGAACAGCGAUGAUUCGUCGACAAGUCCCUCCGUCCACGACGAUGGUAUGCCUUGGAAACGGCAUAAAGGGUACUCGAUUGUUCGUUGUCUUCCAUUGACUGGAAGGACCCACCAACUGCGGGUACAUCUCCAGUUCCUCGGCCAUCCCAUCGCAAAUGACCCGAUCUACGCGAACCAACGAGUUUUCGGCCCGUCGCUCGGAGCGGACGACGAUAGCGCUUCCAACGACGACGACAUCAUUUCACGACUGGACAGGAUGGGCAAGCAGGAGGUCGCGGAAGCCGUCGCGUACCAUGAUGAGGUGGUGGACCGGUAUCAAAAGCAAAAGGCGGAGCGGUUGACGGGCGAAAUGUGUGACGUCUGCCACGCUCCGCUGUACAGUGACCCGGGGUCACAUGAGCUUGGUAUCUGGCUGCAUGCGAGGAAAUAUGCUUGCUCGAACGGGAAGUGGAGCUACGAAUCACCUCUGCCGGACUGGGCCCUCCCGCCGGCGGGCGUUGAGGGGCCGAAAGAUGCGACGGAUGAUACCGAUCCAUUGACGAGCGAAGUGGCCAAGUUGACGUUGGAGAAAGAGGCGCAGAAGGAGAAUGCCAAAGCUUAG